UUUCCCACAACCCCUUGCGUCACUCUACAGCUCACAGAAAUAAGAAGGUCGCACUGAGAAGCUUUACACCGAGACAGAGAAGAAACCAGACUGCAGUCAUGCUGGGACAAGCUGUGAGGCGAUUCACGACCUCUGCCGUCCGUUCCUCACACUAUGCCGAGGGACCGGGGCAUAACCUGCCAUUUUCCGUGGAGAACAAGUGGCGUCUGCUCGGCAUGAUGGUGGUGUUCUUCGGCAGUGGCUUUGCAUUCCCCUUCAUUGUCGUCAGACAUCAGAUCCUGAAGAAGUAAAAUGGCCCUGUGCUAUUACACAGCCAUCAAGGUUGUCAGCUGGAACAUAUUUAUCCAUCAGAGUUCUAUCCGAGCAGAAGAAUGGAAAUCUCUUAAUUGUCUUUGUAAAUAAAGUUUCCUCAAAUAUGAA